UGAUUCUGGAGAAUCCGAGCAACGACCAAACAAUUGACUGCGAUGGCCAAGCGCUGCGUACGCUUUGCGCUGCUCUGCAUGCUCGCCUGCAUAGCACUCGCCGCCGAGAAGGAGACGUGGAAAGAUAAGCUCUCUUUCUUCCAGGCGACGGUCGAGAGCUCGCUGGCCGAAGGCGUCGAGUGGCUAGGCUUCCACUCGGGGCUGGGGCCGCAGUGCGACUUUGUCGAGCAUCCGUCCGUCGCCGUGCGUAGCCACCUGCAAAAAUACCUCACAGGCCAAGACCGAUCUCUCGACUCUAUCGUUGGCGCGAUCGAGUCGUGGGAAUUCUCGCGAACUUCCAGCAAGGACCAUGGCCCACUCGUCAUGGCGAUCACGGGUCCUACCGGCACGGGCAAGACAGAAACGUCGACGCUGAUCGCAGAAGGCCUCUUCCGCCGCCGCCGAAAACUCGAUCACAGCGAAAAGCUCGUUCCCACGGGUCUCCUCGUCUUUCGUGGCGAGGACUUUAGCGACAAUUACACAAACCCCGUGACGCAGUACCAAGAACAGAUCAAGUCCCGUCUUGUCGAGCACCUCACCAAGUGUUCUGGCAAAGCCGUCGUUGUCUUUGACGAAGUCCAGAAAGUGAUUCCGCAAACGCUGGAUGUGCUGACAAGCGCCAUGAGCAGCAACGCCCAGCUGACGUACUACAAGAAUGGGGUCGCGCGCAAGGUCGACUGCAGCAAUGUCAUCUUCAUUCUCAUUUCCGACAUUGGCGUUGGCAACAUGGAAAACAUCAUGAUCCAAUACGAGUCGCGGGACGAGCUACCGUUCGGAGAGCUUGAGAACGAGGUCAAGAAGGCGCUCGAUGCUCAGUGGGACCGCCUCCAAUUUGGCAAAAUGAUCAAGCAGGUCAUUCCGUUUCUGCCGUUUGAACAACGCCAUAUCAUCGACGUCAUCAACCUCAAGCUGCGGCACCUGAGCGUCAACUACGAAGGCAAGUACUGGUACAAGCUCGACAUUGAGCCGGGCAUUGCACAGCACCUCUCGACGCUCGAGUCGAUCCCAUACCAAGCCCGACGCGCCUCGGUCAAUGGGAAGGAGCUGCAAAAGGUGUUUGCCAAGUAUGGCGCUCGAAGUGUCGAGUCGGGCCCCAUCCAGCAGCUCAAGUCGAAGCUCCUCCGCUACCUUCGCCCGUGGAACACAAAGGCCACGAUCACCGUGUCAUUUGUCCCGUCGACGGAGGAAGUUGUGAUCACGUCCUGCAGCAGCGAAGCCGAAGACGUCGACGAUGAGUUUGCGUCCGUCGGUUGCCGCAUCAAGUGGCAAGGCAAGUUCAAAUGAGGUGUAAAUAGGACUACCUGGUAUAGUACACGUGCACGAGCACCACACAGUCGCAGUCACAUGACGCGUAGCGAUCGGAUGCCUUGCGUGCCAAUUUGGCGUGCCUGACAACUCGCAUGCCAAUGUUGCAUCACCGGGUAGAAGAUGGCCUGCGUAAGUAUCGAAGGUUACAUACCGAGCGAUGGUGGUGUUCUCGCGGAUACAUGCAAGUAGCCACGUCUUUAGCGGGUGUCUCUGGUCAUGGCUGCCUCCCGCCGGGGCGUAUGCAGGCUGCAUGCGGUGGGCAUAGCCACUACCGGCGGCCAAGUCGUCAGGCAAGACAGCGCUUCAUCAUGGGACCGCGCUGAAUCUCCGAAUACAAUCCCCCACACCGAAAUACAAUAUGACCGGGCAGAACAAUAGAAACACCAAGCUUAGUUAAAAUAAGGGAAUAAAAAUGUCGCGAGAG